CAAGGACAGUCUCGGGGAAGGCUCUCCGGGGCCUCCCCUCGCUCCCCCGGGCCCGCCCCGGGCCCGCCCCGCAGCCGUGCCCAGGAAGCGGGAGCAGGAAGCUGCGGGGCCGCGGGCAUGGCGGGGAGCGGGCCGGCGUGUAAAAGCCAUUGCCCUGGGCCUCAUAGACCUCAUAUGCACAGGAGCCACAGCGUCCAUGAAGAUAAAGGUCUCCCAGGCCCGUAUCCCAUUGCUGAAGACCCCAGCACCUGUGAUAUUGUCAAGGCUACACAGUAUGGAAUGCUAGAGCGAUGCAAAGAACUGGUAGAAGCAGGAUAUGAUGUUCGACAACCAGACAAAGAAAAUGUGACUCUUCUUCACUGGGCAGCAAUAAACAACAGACAGGAGCUGGUAAAAUACUACAUUUCCAAAGGUGCGGUGGUGGAUCAGCUUGGUGGAGAUUUGAAUUCUACACCCCUGCACUGGGCCACCAGACAAGGACACCUUCCGAUGGUCGUGUUGUUGGUGAAAUGUGGAGCAGAUCCCAGUCUUAUUGAUGGGGAAGGAUUCAGUAGCAUUCAUUUGGCAGUGCUGUUCCAACACAUGCCCAUCAUAGCCUACCUCAUAGCAAAAGGCCAGAACAUAGACACAACAGACUUCAAUGGACAAACACCUUUAAUGUUAACAGCACAAAAAGCCAUGGGACCAGAACCCAUGAAGUUUCUCUUAAAGUUUAACCCCUUUCUCAAUGCUGUAGACAAUGUUCAAAAGAAUACUGCACUGCAUUGGGCAAUAGCCUCAGGAAAUACUAGUGCAGUGGAUCUGUUACUGGAAGCUGGUGCCAGCCUGGACAUAAAAAAUCUUAAGGGAGAGAGACCGCUUGACAUGGCUUACCAAAGUCAGAAUCCCUUCAUGGUUUACAUGCUACAAGAGGAAGAAAAAAUGAGGAACAGGAGAAAUAACAGGUUACUGAAAAUAGUAGAGAAAUAUCAGCUCUUCCUGAUGUUAGCAUCUUCCUUGACAUUCAUGUGGGCCAUUGGAUACGUCAUGGACUUAAGUUCUGAUUCUUGGCUUUUAAAAGGAGGUUUGCUUCUCAGCCUGCUGUUUGUGAUGUCUCUGUUUGUGAGGCAACUCGUGGGGCUCAAGAAUCUAAGAUAUCUUCCCACAGCAUUUCUGCUAAGUUCAGUUUUCUGGAUGUCCAUGACCUGGUUUUUCUGGUUCCUGCCUGAUACCACAAAUGUAAUUCUUAAAAUCACUGUUGUGUUCAGCAUGAUGGGUCAUCUCUAUUAUUUCUACAAAACCUGGAGUACUGAUCCUGGGUAUAUAAAGACUUCAGAAGAAGAAAGAAAAGAGAACAUUACAGCUCUUGCAGAAGCUGGUUGCUUGGACUUUAGAACAUUUUGCACAUCAUGUCUUGUAAGGAAGCCUUUGAGAUCUGUGCAUUGCCUUGCUUGUCAAGCAUGUGUAGCCAGAUAUGAUCAGCAUUCUCUGUGGACUGGAAAGUGCAUAGGCACUGGCAACCAUUAUUACUACCUGUUGUUCCUGUUUUUCCUGACAAUGACUGGUGUCUGGCUGCUUUAUGGAACUCUUCAGUAUUGGUCCAACCACUGUGCAGCAAAGUUCCAUCGAGAUGGAGCAUGGACAUACUUCACCCAGACAGUGUCCUGCUCUCCCUGGGUUUCCUACAUCUCCUCAGUAGCUUGUUUCCACACCCUGUGGGCCUCUGCAUGGCUCACUGUUCAGCUUUAUCAGAUUGUGUUCCUGGGGUUGACCUCACAUGAAAGAAUGAAUCUCCUGGUACAGAGAAAAUCCUCCAAGCAUCCUGUUUCACUCAGGAGGACUCCAUACAACCUUGGAUGUUUCCAGAAUCUUGCAGACUUUUUUCAGUGCAGUUGCUUUGGUAUGUUCAAACCCAACUUGAUUGACUGGAGCAAGCAAUACAAACUUUUUCAUCUGGCAAAGGAGAAAAAUGUUCAUUCUGUGUAAAAUUUUGCUUGAUUUCUAAGAUGGUUGAGCUGAAAGCUAAAUAAAACUAGAUAUUUUGUUAAUUUCUACAAAUUCUUCUGAAGCUGCUUGGUUUUAUUUUUUGUUAUUGUUUCAAAUAUUAAACUUACCUUACAUAAGAUACAGCAGAUUUGUAUAUGGAACAGUCACUGUGUGUCUGUGUAUGUACAGUUUGAGCUGAAAGUAUUUAAAAUUUUAUCUGAGGAGAUGACACAAAUAUAUAUUUUCUAAAGGUAAGUUUUUGGGGCAGAAUUUCAAAAUUAUGUUGGUAGCAUUUGCUUUACUUUUCUGGUAACAAAAGACAAUUAAAUUUGAAAAUUAAUGUGAAUGUUCAUGUUUAAAAACCUAAUAUUACAAUUACAUUGUAAUUUUAUUGCUUAUGCUGUGAAAAUCUCUAUUAAGUCUUUGUAUUUGAAGAGUUUACAUGUAAUAAAAUAGAGCUUUCAUA